UCAUCCUCGCCUGCGGAAAGAGUGGGUGGGUGGGGAUAAAAAAUAAAAAUAAAUGAGAGCCAUGGCCGGAGGGACCCCCGCGCAGGUGCUGGCGGCAUUCGGGGAUGUAGCCGUCUGCUUCUCUGCCGAGGAAUGGGCAGAGCUGGCCGGCUGGCAGAAGGACCUCUAUCGCGAUGUCAUGGCCGAGAACUUCCAGCUGGUCUCCUCCCUGGAAUGCCUGCUGGCCAUCCCUGCCCUGCUGUCCCAGCUGGCACAAAGAGAGGUGCCACAGAUAGGUGCCAAACGACCCCCAGGGCAGGAUGAGGAGUGCCAAGUGGCAAGUCUGGAGGAGGUGGCGGCAAAAAGCACCAAGGAGUUGCAAGGGCCUCCGGAGCAUAUGAAGAAGCCCCGCAUCUCCCAUCCUUCCAUGCCUGGAAAGAAGCCCAAACGGCCGCUUCUGCAGCCUGGAGGAAAAGCACCCGUUGCAGGCGAAGGAGAGGGCGUCCUGGAGUCAAAAGCCAGCCCUCGGACACAGGAGAAACCCUACAAGUGCCCCAAGUGUCGCCGCAGCUUCCUGGGACGCAUCGCCUUGGGUGCUCACCGGCGUCUCCACAUCCGUAAGUGGCGCCAGCUGGUCCCCCAGGCAGCCGGAGGCUCCUCCUACGCCCCAGAGCAGGCCGGCCCCACGUUGGGCAACAUGGGCACCGGGGCCAGCCCCUUCCCCAGCAGCCAGGGCGAGGACACGCUGCCCUUCUGGCCAGAGAUGGCGUUGCACCAGCAGGGCCUGCCGGCCGCCAGCUUCAACCCCUUGGCGCUCGGCUACGGGCCACAACCACUGCCAGGCCACCAGGCGCCCGGCCUGCCGAGCAACGGGGAGUUUAUCUGCGACCAGUGCGGGUGGAGCUUCCACGGCUGGGAGGAGCUGGUGACCCACCAGAUGGCCCACAUGGCCGCUGAGGGCAUCGCCGGCUCGGUGCCCAAAGCGGAGGCGCUGGCACACUUGGCCACCGACCGGCCAUAUGCCUGCACGCAGUGCGGCAAGAGCUUCCGCCACAAGCCCAACCUGCUGGCCCACCGGCAGGUGCACACGGGUGAGCGGCGCUACCAGUGUCAAGAGUGCGGCAAGUCCUUUGGCAGCAAGGCGUACCUGGCCUCCCACCAGCACAUCCACACCGGGGAGAAGCCGUAUGUGUGCGCCCAGUGUGGGAAGAGCUUCCGCCACAAGCCCAACCUCAUCUCCCACCAGAAAAUCCAUGCGCGGGAACCUCUCGCCCAUGGCAGCCCGCACCCGCUCGAGACCUUCAAUGGGAAAGCCUUCUCCAGCCUGCAACACCCAGCGCCUGAACCUCUUGGCCUGGACGCCUUCCUACCCGCCCGUCUGGCUGUCGAUGCGCUCUUGCCUUGCGCCCGGGGCACCACGCCGUUGCCUCAGCUGGCCGGGAUCCUUCCUCCGCCCUCCCCGCAGCCGGCGGUGAACCGUCCCUUCGUGUGCCCGGUGUGCGCCAAGCAAUUCCGUUGCAAGCCCUACCUGGUGGCCCACAUCCGGAUCCACACCGGGGAGAAGCCGUACGCCUGCAGCCGCUGCCCCAAGCGCUUCUCCCAAAAGUCAAACCUGGUCUCGCACGAGCGCCUGCACACGGGCGAGAAGCCCUACGCCUGCCCGCUCUGCCCACGCGUCUUCAGCCAGGGCUCCAACAUGCGGGCGCAUCAGCGCAGCCACCGGAACAUGACCGGGGCAGAAGUGGAGGGGGGACUGCGCGCGGGAUACCCGGCCCGACAGUUUCAGCAACCGAAUUAAAGAAGGGGAGGGGCUGUCUUUCUACCGCUGUGCGCUCAAUCUCGGCUUCUCUCACUCCACCCACGUUUUCCUCAGACAAGGGGAUGCAGAAAAUCUACGCAGAAGCCCCUCCUGCCUCCAAGGGCUGUCCCCAACACUCUGCAUGUCUGUCAGAAGGUGCCUUAGUUUUCGUCUUGGGGGCAGGGAUGUUGAGAGGGACCCUCAACCCCACGGCACCGUGCCCUGGGGUCUCCAAGAACUGAGGAGCUGGCAAGGGGACAAUGACCACUUGGUAGGAUUUCGUUGGUAUUCAGUGAGAGCC